CGCGCUCGGGGGAAGGCGUCUGCGGUCAGAGCGCGGGGCCGGGGUCUGCGAGUCGGCGGCGCGGGGCUGCGGGUGCGCGGCGAUUCAGGGCUGAGCGGGAUCCGGGAGCGCGCGGCUCCCCGCCGGCCAGGACCCCUGGCACCGCUCCGCACGUCUCCAGGAGGCAGAGCCCGCAGGUGCCGCCUGUCUUGGCCCGGCGGCUGCAGCCUCCGAACAUGGAGCCCCCGGUCCAGAUCUUCCGCGGCGAGCCGGGCCCCACCUGCUCCCCAAGCACCUGCCUGCCCCCCAACGGCAGCGGCUGGUUCCCGGGCUGGGCUGAGCCGGACGGCAACAGCAGCGCGGGCUCCGAGGACGCGCCGCUGGAGUCCGCUCACAUCUCCCCUGUCAUCCCUGUCAUCAUCACGGCGGUCUACUCCGUGGUGUUCGUCGUGGGCCUGGUGGGCAACUCGCUGGUCAUGUUCGUGAUCAUCCGAUACACCAAGAUGAAGACCACAACCAACAUCUACAUAUUCAACCUGGCGCUGGCGGAUGCUCUGGUGACCACCACCAUGCCCUUCCAGAGCACCGUCUACCUGAUGAACUCCUGGCCCUUUGGGGACGUGCUGUGCAAGAUCGUCAUCUCCAUCGACUACUACAACAUGUUCACCAGCAUCUUCACCCUGACCAUGAUGAGCGUGGACCGCUACAUCGCCGUGUGCCACCCCGUCAAGGCGCUCGACUUCCGCACGCCCUUGAAGGCAAAGAUCAUCAACAUCUGUAUUUGGAUCCUGUCGUCAUCUGUCGGCAUCUCUGCCAUAGUCCUGGGAGGAACCAAAGUCAGGGAAGACGUGGACGUCAUCGAGUGCUCCUUGCAGUUCCCAGAUGAUGACUACUCGUGGUGGGACCUCUUCGUGAAGCUCUGCGUCUUCGUCUUCGCCUUCGUGAUCCCCGUCCUCAUCAUCAUCGUCUGCUACACCCUGAUGAUCCUGCGCCUGAAGAGCGUCCGGCUGCUCUCCGGCUCCCGGGAGAAAGAUCGCAAUCUCCGUCGCAUCACCAGGCUUGUCCUGGUGGUGGUGGCCGUCUUCGUCGUCUGCUGGACCCCCAUUCACAUUUUCAUCCUUGUGGAGGCUCUGGGGAGCACCUCACACAGCACGGCCGCGCUCUCCAGCUACUACUUCUGUAUCGCCUUGGGCUACACCAACAGCAGCCUGAACCCCAUCCUCUAUGCCUUUCUCGAUGAGAACUUCAAGCGGUGUUUCAGGGACUUCUGCUUUCCCGUUAAGGUGAGGAUGGAGCGCCAGAGCACGAGUCGGAUCAAAAAUACUGUUCAGGAUCCAGCUUACAUGAGGGAUGCUGAUGGGAUAAAUAAGCCAGUAUGACUAGUCGUGGAGAUGUCUUCUUAUAGUUCUCCAGGUAGAGAAGUGUUCAAUGAUCUAGGUUCGACUCAGAUUACUACUGCAGUCUGAGCAUGGAAAGGUAGAAAUUUUAAUAAACUUUUAGAAACCCCGUGAUCUGAGGUCAUAAGAUGCAGGCUGCAUAGUGACCCAGGUGAGUGGAAACAUCGAGGCUGUAGGAAUGUGGCACGAAAGCUCUGAGCAGGCAGGUGCAGCCCCUUUCUAGGGUGGGCAAGUUAGGCUGACUCCCAGUUCCUUUGCUGAACACAGAAACAAGUCUCUAUCUCCCGAUGACUAGAUAUAGGUCAGGACCCAUCUGCAGAGACCUUCCUAUGCAACAUGGUAUCAAAAGCUCUGGUUAGCAAAAAGGAAAAGAAUAAUAAAGUGGCUUCAGAGCUUAUUGGGCAUGCAGUGCAGAUGCUGAUCACGGACAGCAGCAACCUCAAGAAGAAGGAGAACCAUUUCCAGGGCCCGCGCCCAGCUCACUUUAUGCUGCGGGGACGCACAUUUCCUGCAGCUGCGUGGUGAGGAUUCCAGCACAAGACAUGCACACCUCAGGUGUCUGCUGUUCACGGGCAGUAGAAAAUUAUCUUGAUACUUCUGAGGUUAUUUAAAUAUGCCAGAGAUGCUUUCCAACAUAGUAUAAUUUCUUGAAAAGUGUGGCUUGUUUGUUUUUAGCAUGUUAUUCAGACAAAGAAUCUUAUGAUAAAGCAUGUCCCAAUGUCAAGACACAAGGUAGCUUAAAUACCACUAAUAUAUAUAUAUAUAUAUAUAUAUAUAUAUAUAUAUAUAUAUAUAUAUUCAGUUUCAUCUGUAAAUAAUAGCAUAUGUACAAAUAAGGAACGGGCUUGCCUUCCAGCCAGGCGGUUUCCCAAGUGCAUGCUAUUAAGGUCCCCGGGUCGUGGAUGCUGAGCUGUUCUGCUGCUACGCAACCUUUUGAAUGGAAAUCAGUCAUGGCCAUGGCGCCAUCUCUUUCCGACUCCCCGAGCACCUGUGAGUCCUUUAAAUGGGCUCAGAACUCAUGUGUUAAUGAAUCAGGGAAUAUUUAACUUGCUCCCAGGUUGUAGCCUUGGCAGAAUCUUGUUUAUAAGCAACAUCUCUUUGUGAAUACAUUGCUUUUACCAGAUUCUCUCUUUGUGGAAGGAGGGAGUCUUUCUCAUGCAAAUCUUGAGAUGUUAUUUUGUGGUUUUCAGCAGGAAGUAGAAUUGAUCCUAAUUGGAGCUGAAUUAUGUCCCUCAUGGUGCUUGGACAUACCUGGCCCUGUGUUCCCUGAGGGGCACACCUGCUGAGGAUAAUGACAGCAGGCAGCCCAUUUCGGAUAAUUUUGUUAAAACUUGCAGAUGAUAUAGAAAAUCCUCCUUCUUUCCCCUGAAAUGUAUGGUUUCAGAGGUAAUGGCUUUUUCUGCAAUUUGCCGGGGCAGAAGAAAGGGCUAAUUUAGAAAUAACACCCAUCUUUUCUUUAAGCCUGUAUUAUUAGGGCAGCACCCUCUGGAAUUUAUAGGAAAACCAAAUGUGUAGGCUGUAUAACUACUGGCAUCACCACAGCUCUAAGUUCUGUUCACUGUGUACUUUCUCUUUUAAGUGUGUCACAUAUAAAAGACAUAACUUGCAUGGAAGAUUUUGCAUGUGGCAACAGAAUUUUACUGUGAUGGUGUUUGUCGACGUUCCAGAUUUUCAUGGCACCUAACACAUAUGACUGACGGCAGCAUGGCAAGAUUUUCCAUAGUAAAAAUGACGUUUCUUAAAUUUCAUUGAUUUUCUUAGGUGUCCUUGUAUUCCUAUACCUAAAUGUACAUAGGAAUGGCUUAAAUAUCGGCUGGCAUUCACCCUGUGAUUAAAAAUAUUGGCCACCAUACAGGAGAGAUAUUUAUAGAGAGAAUAGUUCCAGGAACAGACUCUGUUGAUGCAGGACAUAGAAAAACCUCCUUCACGCCCCACAUCCCUCCUGGCACCCAUGGCCAUUAUUGGGGUCUCAGCGUUGGCCUGAGGAUCUAAGUUUGCAGCCCAAGAAGAGAGAGAAGCGACUCUCAGGGCUCGUGAGGUCAGGGUGUGCCAAGCUUCUCCACUGUUGUAAGCAGCAGGGUCCCCAAACCGGAAGAGGACAGAACAGUGGUAUCAUCGUAGGGCAGUACUUUAAAGAACGAUGAGGUGAAUCAUGUGCGGUAGAAAAAAAUACCACGUACCCAAAUGUAUUUCUUUGUCAAGAGUGUGUGAGAAUUGAGUGUGUGUGCGAGUGUACGUGUGAUACCAUGUGCAUGCAUAGUGUGGGGGAGUGUGUGUGUCUGUGUCCCAUUUCUCGAUGUCCCUGGCCUCCAACCACAGCAAAGAGGGCACCGUCCACCAUGCCUUUUGGGGGCCACAGCUGCAUUUAUCUAACGUUGAAUUCAACUGUCCCCAUGGACUCCUUCUUCCUCCCCUGGUAAAAACUUCUGGAGGAUGGGUCCUCGUGAGAAGUCAGAAAAAAUGCGGAGAAAUGAAACAUCGUACAGGAGGCACCAGUGAGGGUGAAAAAAACCACAGUUCUGGCUGGAGGAAAGUAGAAGCACCAUUAGUGUCCUGGAUUCCUCUUCUGAAUCUGGACACUGCCCCUGUGCAGAGUUUAAGUCAAAACUCCAGGCUGAAUACUAAAAAGGAAGCACAGUUUGGAAAGAUAGUUUUGAAAAACUCAAGGGACAGUCACAUAAGUCUUAAGAAAAGUGGUUUCAUUCUGUGAUGCACGACUGAGAAAUAAAGUUCUUUAAUCUGUAUGUCUGUUAUCAGGCAAUUUAUAGAUGCUUCGUCUAGCAUUGGGACAUAAGAUGAAUGACAGGGAUAAAAGGAAUACAUGGGCUGGCUUUAAAUGAGAGCUUUCUCAGGAGAAAACUGUGACAAGGUUGUACAUCCAUUUAAUGGGAUUUAUUUUCUAAGCAAGAGCUGUUUGGAAGAUUCAGCAUAAAUAUGAAAGGCUCAUCCCCAAAGGGCAUGAACCUGCUUGCCAUAAGGGACUUUUCUUCUUUGAAACAGAAGUGUAUUCAUAUAUUCUUUACUCUAAUGUGUAUUAUGUAUAUCUUGUACUUGGAAGGUGAAAAUUAUGCCUUGUAUAUAUGAUUGUGUGCCUUGCUGUAAAAUAAAAACUGUACCUGCUAAAAUCCC